AUGAAGACCAGAAAUGACAAAAGGACGAACGUCGAGCAAGCGAUGAGCGACUACCUGAUUAACCUGAGUAAUAUUUACAAAAACUCUUAUGUGUUAAGUGAUACUGAAAAUAAUGAAAAGAAAGUGUGGGGAAAAACAAACUAUUCGAAGCUAGAAUUAGUGAGGAAGGAAAAUAGUAUGGCAAGAGGGGGGGGGAGUAGCACUAACCAAAUCAGUAGCAGUAGUAACAAUAGCAAUAAAAUGAGUGGAAGUAAUAUUAGUAGGAACAAUAACAGUAGUAAUAAUAACAAUAGCAAUAGCAAUUGCAAUAGUAGCAGCAGUAGAAGUAGAAGUAAUAGUGCCGCUACCAACAGCAGUGGUGGUAGUACCAAAGAUGAUGAUUCGAGCGCCGAAAAAAGUAAAUCGCAAUAUUAUGAAGAUAUUAUGAAUAGCAUUUUUACAAUAAAAGAAAGAGAAAUAUAUAGGAACAUAAAGAGACUAAUGAAGAAUGAAAAAAAUUAUUUGGACAUUGAAACAAAUGAAUAUUUAUAUUGUUAUGUAUUUAUAUUGGCAAUAAAAAAAAUAUUUUAUGAAAUUAUCUUACAGAAAAAGCAGAAUCAUAUCCUUGAAAAAUUAAAUCAUGAACAUGUGCAACAAAAGCAGAAGAAUAACAUGUCGUCAUACUAUAAUAAUGGAGUUUACAUCAUUUCUAAAGAUCAAAAGAAAAAAAGUUUGCUAAAGGAAAACGUCAGUAUGGAGUUGAACCAUGGGGAAAUAUUGUACAUUGCAAGAAGCAACAGUACAGAUGAAACUUCAAAGAAUGGAAAGGCUUCUAACAAUAACAGUGGUAGUAAUGGUUGUUAUAAAGGGGGUCAUAAGGAUUGCAGUAAGGACUAUGAUAAGGACUGCAAAAAGGAGGAGAGGAUACCCCUCGAGCAGUAUAAAGCAGACAUAGCUGAAGCAAAGAAAAAAAUAGGUGAUAACACGAAUGUAGUCCAUUUUGAAAUUGUUGAUAACGCAGAUAAUGCUGAUGACUACUCCAGAGGAAAAGAGUCUAAAGGGUUUGACGAACCGCAUGACGAUCUGCAGAAUGGUAGUAAGUUAGGUUCCAAUUUAUAUGGAGCAGCAUCUCAGACAAAUGAUGGAAAGAGAGAUACAGCAAAGGAUGAACAAAACACUGCCACUGGUAGUUCCGCUAACAGUGCCAUUAACAAGCGGAGCGGAGAGGGGAUUGUGAAGAGGGAGAAGAAAAAGAGCAACACACUAGAAAAGAAUUACCUUACAUUCAUUUUUGAGAAACUGAAAAAUAAUAAGUCCUAUUGGUUAAUACCAAUUAGCGUUCUUUCGUGCAUAUACUUGUAUUAUAAGAUGAGGGAAAGGGUUUCAAGCUUCAUGUACAACCAUUAUAUGAACAUAUCGAAAUAUUUUUCAAGUAUGUUUCUGGGAAAUAGCAUUAGUGGUGAUAAGUUAAUAUAUAAAGAUUACAAUCAUUUUUUUUAUAAUAUAAGUAAAAAUAAUAUAAAGGAAAUAUUAUUUAAUCCUACAAAUAAUACAUGUAGUUAUUUACUAAAUAGGAAUCAGCCAAAAAGUACAGGCAUGAUGAUGCUGAACCAUGGUAGAUUGGCCAUAGGGGGGAGUGCCAGUGCCUCUACCCCUACAGCUGUUACGUCUACUAUUUCCCCAGUUUCUUCAUCUGCUUCUACUUCGUCCUCAUCUGCUGCUAACAGUGGAAACAACACAUACACAAUUUACUACAAUGAUUAUAUUAUGAAAUACCUUCUUAAAAAUCGAUUGUACGAAAAUGUAGAGAUGAGAGUGGACGAAAAAGUGUUGAAGAACUCCCUUUUCGAUAUCAUUAAGAAAAAUAUAAUUGAUAUAGUAACGUAUAGUUGUUCUCUACUAACUUUUUAUUACAUAUAUGAAAAAAGUACGUCCCCCAUAAAUAAUGAUUGUUACUCUUUUGAUAGAACAAACCAAAUGGAGUCAUUAAACGAAAUAGUAUUAAAUGAAGAAACGAAAAAAGAUAUUAAAGCUGUUUUGUUCUUUUUAUUAUAUCCAAAAAUAUUUGAAGAGAAUGACGGAAUAAGUUGUAACACUAUAUUAUUUACUGGUGAUACAGGUACUGGAAAAAGUUUACUUGCCAAAAUUAUAGCAAAGGAACUAAACUAUGAUCUUGUUCACUUAUCCGGAUCUGCUUUUAUAGAGUUAUAUAUAGGUAAUGGUGCAUCUAAAAUUAGAAAUUUAUUUAAAAAAGCAAAAAAAAAUAAAAAAUCUGUAGUUAUAUUUAUAGACGAAAUUGAUAGUAUAGGACUAAGUAGAAGUAUGAAUGAUGUUUCCAGUAAUCAAAAUCAUGAAUACACACAAACUUUAAAUCAGCUACUAGUUGAGAUUGAUGCGUUGCAUGAAUACAAUAGGGAACAGAUGCAGGUAGCAUCCGUAGUACCCGUAGCAUCUAAAUAUGGAAAAAGUAGUAGCAUAUAUGGUCGAAGUGGAAGAAGUAGGAGAAGUGGAAACGUACUAAUUCAUUUAAAAAAUAAAAUUUUAGACGAUUCGAAUAGCGAAAAUGAACUUGAUUUUAAGGAAAAAGAGGAUGGAUACGAUAUAUUACAAUAUUACUUGAACAAUAAUUUAAGUUUAUUAGAUAUUGAAGAUAUAUUUAACCUAAAGAGAUAUAAAAGGAAAAAAUUUAUUUUAUUUAUUGGUGCCACGAAUAGAUACAAAAACCUAGAUUCUGCUUUAAUUCGAUCAAAACGAUUUGACAAAAUUAUCCACUUUCAACUUCCCAAUUUGUUUACUCGAAGGAGGUUAUUCGAUCUCUACAUACAGAAAUAUGCCACAGGAAAAAACAGUAAUUUAACACGAACGUAUGAAACUACUACUAAUGCAUCUACCGAUACUAAUGUAAACGUAAACAGCACUUGUUGGGAUGGAAGCAACAACAGUAAGAUGGGAAAUAUAUGCAUGAGUGUUGCUCCCAUGGAUAGUGGCCUAUUAGCUAGCGAAAUAAGUACACACUUAAAUAAUCUGGAAAAAAUUUCACGCCAAAAGAAAGAUAAUCUAGUGGAAUACAAUACAUUUGAAGAUAAAUUUGGACCAUAUCUUGGUACUCCUCCAAUUAGUACUCUUCCACUUGGUUCCCUUCCCUUUGGGGGGAAAGACAAGUACAACAGAUUGCUCAGCUCACUUAGCCGUAGAGAAGACGAUCGCUCAGGUGGUAGCACCAUCGACACGUUCACUCUGUCAAUCCUUAGCUAUCUCUUUAAUUGUGCAGAUAUAGAUCAAUUGGUUUACUCCAUUAAGGUUAGUAGUUUAAUGAAAAGCAAUGUAACAACAGGAACACCAUUAAAAAGUAGUUAUUCGAAAAAUAUUUUUUAUUUACAGAAUAACAUGAACACUAUUAUAUUUGAAAAUCUGUUGUCAGUGCUCCACAAAAAGUUUACUUACGAUAAUUACGCAGAGAAAAUUUUUUGCCAAGGUGAUUACGAAGAAUUGACUCCAUCAAUUAAUUUCAAAUUACUCAAUAGUACGCUUUCAGAUAUAAAUUUUGAAGAAUAUUUAAAUCGAUUUAUAAAUUUCUGUAAUAAAGAAUUGGAAAAAAAAAUAGGAGAAAAUACUGCUAUACCUAGUAAAAAAAAGACAAACAAAAUUUCUUUUAACGACUUGUUGUUCUUUUACGAUUUAAAAGAAAUGAAAAGAAAAGUAUGGGGAGUUGGAGGAGACGACGAAGAUAUAGGUUCAUUGCAAAACAAUUUUUUCGGGAAUACAAAAUUUUCUAAGCAAAGCAAAAGCUACCACCUUUUCCUCUUGUGGAAAGCUAUUGAGUGUUUCUUCACCACUCUGCAUGUAAACUAUAAGAAGAUAAUAUGA